AUGCAUGUGACUGCAUUUGCCUAUGUUUUCCAAGUUUCGUAUGGUCACCGCACUUAUCUAGAAUUUCUCGAGUACACAUCAUUUCUGUAUAGCCUAUGUAGACAAGACCAUGUCUCGAUUAUAACCAGCAACAACACUUCAAAACAAUCUACAUCUCUCAGCUUUUAUUCCUUCGACAAAUAUUCAGUUUAUACAAAAAUGGCUAUCCGUCAAAUGUUGAGACGAUCUCUAUCCAACGAAAGAAGAUCGAACGAAGUUCCAAAGGGUCAUUUCGUUGUUUAUGUCGGAGAAAGUGAAAAGAAGCGAUUCGUAAUUCCGUUAUCGUAUUUGAACAACCCUUCGUUUCAAGAACUACUAUGCCAAGCCGAAGAAGAAUUCGGAUUUCAUCAUCCGGCGAGUGGACUCACUAUUCCUUGCAGUGAAGAGUUGUUCGUCGAACUCACCUCUCGCUUGACCAGAGCAUGA